AUGGCUCACCCCGGUGGUGGCGCAGAAGCUCAUGCUCGGUCCAAGCAGUACGAGUACAAAGCUAAUUCGAGUCUCGUCAUCAAUAUCGACUCCCGCCCCCGCGAUACUCAUGGGCCUACGGGCGAGCCUGAGUCUCUUAGCGGCAGAAUCAACCCCAGGACCUUCGGUGACCUUGUUCAGAGAGGCCGACCUCCUGAUCGUGAUGAGAGAAUUAAGAAAUCUAAGAAGAAGAAGGAGAGGGACGGCCAGUUUGAACCUGUUCCAAGCCGCCAAGCGAAACGUCGAAGAAUCCGACUGGAGAGUGUACUCUCCUCAACCGAAGGAGGAGUCUACCAUCCCAAGACCAAGGAAAGCAGAGCUGCAUAUGAAGCAAUGCUUAGUGCCAUUCAAGAUCAACUGGGUGGUCAGCCUUCUAAUGUUGUCAGUGAUGCUGCUGAUGAGGUUCUGGCUGUACUUAAGAAUGAGUCAUCUAAGACAACUGACAAGAAGAGAGAAAUUGAGAAGCGGUUGAAUCCGAUCUCCAGUGAGUUCUUUAAUGAGCUGGUUAGACUUGGAAGCCUGAUCAAGGAUUACCAAGAUGGAGCUGAUGCUGGUGGACCUACUGCUGUUAAUGGAGAAGAUGCUCUUGAUGAUGAUGUAGGCGUGGCUGUUGAGUUUGAUGAAGACAAUGAGGAUGAGGAAGAAGAGAGUGAUCUUGAUAUGGUUCCAGAGGACGAAGAGGAGGAUGAUGAUGAUGAUGCUUUGGUUGAGCGGGAUGGUGCUAGGGCUAUGCAGAUGGGUGGGGCGAUUGAUGAUAAUGACAUGGGUCAAGCAAACGAGGGCAUGAACCUAAAUGUUCAAGAUAUUGAUGCUUAUUGGAUCCAGAGGAAGAUUUCCCAGGCUUUUGAACAACAGAUCGACCCACAACAGUGCCAAACACUUGCAGAAGAGGUGCUAAAGAUUCUUGCUGAGGGAGAAAACCGGGAAGUUGAGAAUAAAUUGGUGUAUCACCUCCAAUUUGAGAAGUUCAGCCUUAUAAAGUUUCUUGUGCAUAAUAGGUUGAAGAUUGUCUGGUGCACCCGUUUAGCUCGUGCCAAGGACCAAGAAGAGAGAAACCACAUCGAGAAGGAAAUGACAAGGUCAGGUUCCGAUAUGGCUGCUAUUCUGCUACAGCUUCAUGCCACACGAGCUACUGCAAAAGAGAGGCAAAAGAAUUUGGAGAAAAGCAUAAGAGAAGAGGCUCGCAGACUCAAGGAUGAGAUUGUUGAUGGUGAUGAUAGGGAUGGAACUUUGCGCGUUGAGAAAGAUGCACACAGUAGUAGUUGGGUAAAGGGCCAGCCGAAGUUGCUUGACCUGGACAAUAUUGCUUUUGAGCAGGGCGGUCUUUUUAUGGCAAAUAAGAAAUGUGACCUUCCUCAUGGUUCUUCCAGACACCAGAACAAGGGUUAUGAAGAAGUUCAUGUGCCGGCACUUAAAGCCAAACCUUUAGAUCCUGAUGAGAAGCUUGUGAAUAUAACGGAAAUGCCGGAGUGGGCUCAACCAGCUUUUAAAAAUAUGCAACAGCUGAACAGGGUGCAGAGUAAGGUCUAUCAGACAGCACUUUUCGGUGCCGAUAAUAUUCUCUUAUGUGCUCCAACCGGUGCGGGGAAAACUAAUGUUGCAGUUCUCACCAUCCUUCAGCAGCUUGGUAUUUAUAGGAACAAGGAUGGUUCAUUUGAUCAUAAUGGCUAUAAAAUAGUUUAUGUUGCACCCAUGAAAGCUCUUGUGGCUGAAGUGGUUGGUAAUUUGUCCGAACGUCUAAAAGAAUAUGGGGUGAAUGUGAGGGAACUAAGUGGAGAUCAGACACUCACUCCUCAACAAAUUGAAGAAACUCAAAUAAUUGUGACCACUCCGGAGAAGUGGGAUAUCGUUACCAGGAAGUCUGGGGAUCGCACCUACACCCAACUGGUUAAGCUUCUUAUCAUUGAUGAGAUUCACCUUCUUCAUGAUAACAGAGGCCCUGUGCUUGAAAGUAUAGUUGCUAGAACUGUUAGACAGGUUGAGACAACAAGGGACCAUAUCAGGAUGGUGGGAUUGUCGGCUACUCUCCCGAACUAUGAAGAUGUGGCGCUGUUUUUAAGAGUUGAUGUUGGGAAAGGGCUUUUUUAUUUCAAUAUUAGCUACAGACCUGUCCCUCUUUCUCAAAAGUACAUUGGUGUCUCGGUCAAGAAGCCACUGCAGAGGUUCCAAUUAAUGAACGACCUUUGUUAUGAGAAGGUAAUUGCUGUUGCUGGAAAGCAUCAGACUCUUAUUUUUGUGCACUCCAGGAAGGAAACGGCUAAAACAGCCCGAGCAAUACGAGAUACUGCACUGACAAAUGACACUCUUGGAAAAUUCCUGAAGGAGGACAGUGCUAGCCGGGAGAUUCUCCAGGAUCAUACAAAUAUAGUCAAAAGUAAUGAUCUUAAAGAUCUUCUCCCCUAUGGCUUUGCAGUUCAUCAUGCAGGGACUCAGAUUUAUAAUCCGGAAAAGGGAGCUUGGACUGAAUUAAGUCCACUUGAUGUUAUGCAAAUGUUGGGUCGUGCUGGUCGGCCACAGUAUGAUUCGUAUGGUGAAGGUAUUAUCAUCACGGGUCAUAGUGAACUGCAGUAUUAUCUGUCCUUGAUGAACCAACAGCUUCCAAUCGAAAGCCAGUUCAUAUCCAAAUUGGCUGAUCAGUUGAAUGCUGAAGUUGUGCUUGGUACAGUUCAGAAUGCAAGAGAAGCGUGCAAUUGGCUUGGUUAUACUUACUUGUAUGUCCGGAUGUUGAGGAAUCCCAGCAUUUAUGGUAUAGCAUCAGAUAUUCUUACAAGAGAUAUCACGCUGGAGGAGAGAAGGGCUGAUUUGAUUCAUUCAGCUGCAACAAUUUUAGACAAGAAUAACUUGGUCAAGUACGACCGGAAAAGUGGAUAUUUCCAGGUUACUGACCUUGGCCGUAUUGCAAGCUACUACUAUAUAUCUCAUGGCACUAUAUCCACCUAUAAUGAGCAUCUGAAACCAACGAUGGGGAACAUUGAGCUGUGUCGCUUGUUCUCGCUAAGUGAAGAGUUUAAGUAUGUAACCGUGAGGCAAGAUGAGAAAAUGGAACUAGCAAAGCUAUUGGACCGUGUUCCAAUUCCUGUGAAGGAGAGUCUGGAGGAGCCUAGUGCCAAGGUCAAUGUUCUUCUGCAAGCGUACAUCUCACAGCUGAAGCUUGAAGGCCUGUCAUUGACUACUGAUAUGGUUUAUAUAACACAGAGUGCAGGUCGCCUUCUUCGAGCACUUUUUGAGAUCGUCUUGAAAAGAGGGUGGGCAAAGCUGACUGAGAAGGCUUUGAACUUGUGUAAUAUGGUAAAUAAGAAGAUGUGGAGUGUGCAGACACCCCUUCGCCAAUUCGAUGGGAUACCAAAUGAGAUUCUUAUGAAAUUGGAAAAGAAAGACUUGUCGUGGGAAAGGUACUAUGACCUCACACCACAGGAGAUUGGCGAACUUAUUCGUUUCCCAAAGAUGGGUAGGGUGUUGCAUAAGUUCAUCCAUCAAUUUCCAAAGCUGAAUCUUGCAGCUCACGUGCAGCCGAUAACUCGAACUAUUUUGAGGGUUGAGCUCACCGUCACUCCUGAUUUUCAGUGGGAUGACAGAGUUCAUGGGUAUGUUGAACCAUUUUGGGUAAUUGUUGAGGACAAUGAUGGCGAGUAUGUCUUGCACCAUGAGUAUUUCAUGCUAAAGAAGCAGUAUAUUGAUGAGGAUCACACAUUGAAUUUCACAGUACCUAUCUAUGAGCCGUUACCUCCUCAGUAUUUCAUCCGUGUUGUAUCUGAUAGGUGGCUCGGAUCCCAGACUGUUCUACCUGUCUCUUUCAGGCACCUUAUUUUACCCGAGAAGUAUCCCCCUCCAACUGAGCUCUUGGAUUUGCAGCCUCUUCCAGUGUCAGCUUUGAGAAAUCCUUCCUAUGAGGCUCUAUAUCAGGGGUUUAAGCAUUUUAAUCCGGUCCAGACACAGGUCUUCAAUGUCUUGUAUAAUACAGAUGACAAUGUCCUGGUUGCUGCCCCAACCGGGAGUGGGAAGACGAUAUGCGCAGAGUUUGCAGUGUUGAGGAAUCAGCAGAAGGGACCUGAUAGCAUCAUGCGAACUGUCUAUAUAGCCCCCCGUGAAGCAAUUGCUAAGGAGCGCUAUCGUGAUUGGGAGAGGAAGUUUGGUGAAGGCCUUGGCUUUAAGGUUGUGGAACUAACUGGGGAAACCACUACUGAUUUGAAACUGAUCGAGAAGGGUCAAAUAAUCAUCAGUACACCAGAGAAAUGGGAUGCACUGUCUCGUUGUUGGAAGCAAAGAAAGAAUGUUCAGCUAGUCAGUCUUUUUAUAAUUGACGAGCUUCACUUGAUUGGAGGUCAGGGCGGUCCAGUGCUGGAGGUGAUUGUCUGUAGGAUGAGAUACAUUGCAAGUCAGAUUGAGAACAAGAUCAGGAUUGUGGCCCUUUCAUCUUCUCUUGCUAAUGCUAAAGAUAUUGGGGAGUGGAUAGGAGCUACCUCACAUGGUCUCUUCAAUUUCCCACCUAGCGUCCGUCCUGUUCCUCUAGACAUACACAUACAAGGGGUGGAUAUUGUGAAUUUUGAGGCAAGGAUGCAAGCCAUGACGAAGCCGACUUACACAUCAAUAGUUCAGCAUGCAAAGAAUGGCAAGCCCGCUCUCGUCUAUGUCCCCACAAGAAAGUACGUGAAGACCACUGCAGAGGACUUGAUGUCGUACUCUGCCGUUGACAACAGUGAGAAUCCUGCCUUUUUGUUGCGGUCCUCCAAAGAGCUAGAGCCUUUUGUAACUAAAGUUCAGGACGAGACUCUGCGGAUCACUCUAACCUUUGGGGUCGGUUACUUACACGAGGGUUUGACUGAUCUGGAUCAGGAGGUUGUCUCUCAAUUAUUUGAAGCAGGUUGGAUUCAGAUGAUGGGCCAUGCUAGUCGACCGUUGCUUGAUAACUCUGGGAAGUGUGUAAUCUUUUGUCAUGCACCACGUAAAGAAUACUACAAGAAGUUUCUCUACGAAGCCUUCCCUGUUGAGAGUCACCUGCACCAUUUCCUGCAUGAUAAUUUUAAUGCAGAAAUAGUUGCUGCAGUUGUCGAGAACAAGCAGGAUGCUGUUGAUUAUCUAACCUGGACUUUCAUGUACAGGAGAUUGACUCAGAAUCCAAACUACUAUAAUCUCCAAGCAUCUUACUAUUACAUCAGCUACACGACCAUCGAGCGUUUCAGCUCUUCUCUGACUCCCAAGACAAAGAUGAAAGAUCUCCUAGAGAUUCUGGCUUCCGCCUCAGAGUAUGCACAGCUUCCCAUAAGACCUGGGGAAGAAGAAAAGCUCCGGAGGCUGCUCAAUCACCAGAGAUUCUCGUUUGAGAAUCCGAGCGGGAGAUUCUCCUUUCUGCCAGCCGGUUACCUCCACGCAAUUAUUGAUGUCAUCUCGAGCUACGGUUGGUUGAACCUCGCACUUCUUGCAAUGGAGGUUAGCCAGAUGGUGACACAAGGGAUGUGGGAACGCGAUUCCGUGCUGCUUCAGCUUCCACACUUAACGAGGGAAUUGGCCAGGAAGUGCAAGGAGAAGAGCAUAGAGACUCUGUUCGAUUUGGUGGAGAUGGAGGACGACGCGAGGCGGGAUCUGCUGCAGAUGUCUGAUCCCCAGCUGCUGGAUAUUGCAAAGUUCUGCAACCGGUAUCCGAACAUCGAUAUGACGUACGAGGUUCAAGGUGGCGAGAGCGUGAGGGCGGGUGACGAUGUGACCCUACAGGUCGUGCUGGAAAGGGAUCUGGAAGGGAGGACGGAGGUAGUAGGUCCGGUGGACGCCCCGAGGUACCCUAAGGCCAAGGAAGAAGGGUGGUGGCUGGUGGUCGGUGAUACGGAGACGAAUCAGCUGCUGGCCAUCAAGAGGGUGUCCCUGCAGAGGAGGCUGAAAGUGAAGCUUGCAUUUGCUGCUCCAACUGAAGUUGGUAGGAAGAGUUAUACGCUCUACUUCAUGUGCGACUCUUACCUUGGCUGUGACCAGGAGUACAGCUUCACGGUGGACGUGGAAGGAGCUGUGGAAGACGAUCGCGUGAGACUGACUGACUGA